AUGACACAACAUCAAGCUGAUUUUCUAAAUCAUCAUGAUAAUGUCCAUGGCUGGUUACUGGACGUACCUGGUUAUCGGGAAAACUGUCGACAUGAGAAAGAAAAGAAGAUGGCCAGCUCAGAAGACAGUAUCAGUUUGGACGAGCUCAUCAAUGCCAACUUUACUACCAACAUGGCAGAUGAAACAGACUUGCCAGCAUUGGCUUCACUCGAGUUGGAUGACUCAAAGGAGGAGUUCUGGAGAGUAGACAAUACUUUGAAUCAUUAUAUUCCUGCUCAAUUUUCGGGAAAAAAAGAGCCAAGUUAUUAUGGUAGUAACAGAUCAAGAUAUGGAAAUGAAAUGCCUCUUUAUAAGGCUAACGAAGAAUUUGGUUUGAGCAAUUCAGCAUUAUACGAGAAAUCAUUCGGAAUCAAUGUCAAGCCCUCUAGAAUGCAAUCACCUCCUAAAUCACCAUUAUCUAUAGCUAAUCACUCCAAGAGACUGAAUCGAUCGGGAAGUGUAAGCAGCGAAAACAGUUCAAAUUCCCAAUCUAUUUCUAGCCAUCGUCAUCAAGUACACCCUACUGCUUCCACCUCAACAUCAUCUGCAUCUACCACUAGUUCUUCUGCAUUAUCUCGUUCAUUGACUACUUCAGCAUCUGAACAUAAAUCAAGUUCUCUUCAUCGUAAGCCAUCCAUGACUAGCAUCCUAUCUGAAAGUACACAAGAGUCACGAUUGCCUUCCCGCUCUGUUUCCCAUUUGGCUCGAAGAGCUACACAUAUACCUGCACCUAAUAGCAUUGCAUCACCACCCUCUCUUAUCAAAAUGGCAUCUAGCAACGCCCCUGUACCACAAAGAACAAAAUCUACAAUGAUUGUUGAUAAGUCAAACAACAACUCUCUUAAUCGUGUCAGUCAACUCAAUAGAAGAGCAAGCCAUAUCCCUGCUCCUACAACAAGAAGCAUAACAUCACUUGGCAUGUCAUCCAUAUUCUCUGCUCACCAGACAAAGCAUCUUGACAGACCACAAACUUCGCUCGGGUCUUUAAAGCCUUCUGCUUCAACAGUGAGAUUAUCUCGUACUACCAGUCUGAUUGGUGCGCCUACGCCUUCCAAAUCAACGAUACCAACAACAGGACUGAAACGAUUCGGAAGAAAGUAG